AGAUAUUCUACACAUCUCUACAAUUCAAAACAGUGUUUCUAAAACAGCGCUCACACUAGAAUAUGAAGCGCUAAGCAAAUUUUUAAUUCAACGAUCUCUUUAGAAUUUAUGCUUGCCUAGUAACUGAUGUAACAGGCAUCUUUAACACAAAACACACACACAACACAUGAAACUUUAAUCAAAUUAUACACAAAUUACAUUUACCCUAAUAUUAUAAGCCUAAUUGUUCAUGAUACUCGAUUAAGUAUACUUGGCAAAUUCACAGGAUAAUUAGCCGACAUACCAAAAUUAAUAAGCCCGCAGUCAACAUAAAUCGACAUUGAUUGUUGGGUAAACGUUCAAGAGGAACGGAUGAAUUUAACCACAAAAGCACGGUCACUGACAUUAGCACCAACAAUGGACCAGCAAUUUUGUUUGCGCUGGAACAAUCACCCAAACAACCUGACAGAUGUGCUUGCAAGCCUAUUACAAAGAGAAGCCCUAUGCGAUGUCACGCUUGCUUGCGAUGGAGAGACAGUCAAGGCACACCAGACAAUACUUUCAGCAUGUUCUCCAUAUUUUGAAAGUAUAUUCCUACAAAAUUCACAUCCACAUCCGAUAAUAUUCCUGAAAGAUGUGCGGUUAUCAGAGAUGAAGUCCCUAUUGGAUUUCAUGUAUAAGGGUGAGGUGAAUGUUGGCCAAAAUAUGCUACCGAUGUUCCUUAAGACUGCUGAAAGUUUACAAGUUAGAGGUUUGACAGAAAACAACACAUUAAAUCCUAAGUCCGAGGAGCGGUCGACACCGUCCGUAAGUGCCGAGAACCUGUCGUCGCGCGGCGACUCGUUCGCGACGCCGCCCGCGGCGCACGCGCCCGCCGCGCUCACGCCGCUGCCGCAGCCGCAGCCGCAGCCGCCGCACGCGCCGCUGCACGCCGUACCGCCGGAGAAGCGCCGCAGGAAGAACUCCGCCGCGCCGCGCGACGACAUGGACCUGUCCUACCGCCACUACGAGGGUCACAUAAAGAACAGCGUGGUGAAGGGCGGGUCCACGGGCUCCGGGUCGGAGCCGUCGACUCCGCCGCCGGCGCACGCGGGCCGCCUCACGCGGUCCCCGGCGCACACGCCGCUCGUCAAGCAAGAGCCCGACUCGCCCUACCCCGCGCCGCACACGCCGCAUGCGCCGCACCCGCCGCACCACGCGCCCUACGACCAGACGCACCUGCCGGGUAUGGGAGUGAACGAAAUGGCCUCGAUGUUGUCCCAACACUCCAUGUCAAACGAUUGCAACGAAGGCGAGCCCAUCAUGCCUCCGCACCCGGACCAAACAGACACCAUCGAUGGCUCGAAGGGCUGGCACAUGCGGCUGACGUUCGAGCGCGUGGCGGGCGCGCUCAACCUGCACCGCUGCAAGCUGUGCGGCAAGGUGGUGACGCACAUCCGCAACCACUACCACGUGCACUUCCCGGGCCGGUUCGAGUGCCCGCUGUGCCGCGCCACGUACACGCGCUCCGACAACCUGCGCACGCACUGCAAGUUCAAGCACCCCGCCUACAACCCCGACACGCGCAAGUUCGACGCCGCGCCCGCGCCGCACGUGCCGCACGCGCCGCUCUUCGCCAACCACCUGGACGCGAGCUUCGACUGAUUGUCCAUGUACUGGCUCGGCCUCGACGCUCUGUGAGCGCGCGCCCAGCCAGCCGCCGAGUGACGGACGCCGAACGAUUUCCUAUUUAGGAUUAAGCUGAAGUGCUAUUACUUAAGCGGGCCUUAAAUUGAGUUCUCGACUCUCGUUUUAGUAUUGUCUCGGUUGUGCAUUUGACUUGCCCCAGUGACCUCGUACGAUUCCGCGUAGGGAACUGAACGGACGAUGUCACGACGAUGACUCGGAAGUGUAUGUAAGUAGGUAAGCAAAUUUUUUCUAUACCAAUCGCUAUACGGGAACGGGCAAAAGCAAUAAUAUGAUGUUAAUUUUAUUACCAUAUUAUUUUUUUAUAUUGUAUCGAUAUAAUUCCUAAGCUAUUUAAAUAUACACUACGUCGAGUAGCGGUGCGACCGCGAAGUGAUGCUGGCUAUUGGCCCGACGGGCCUCGUCUUGUUAUAUUUAUUCUUUAGAUAGGAAAUUAUGAGUUUCCUGUAGCUAAUUAUAUUUAUGUUAUUAUAUUAUCCUGUGGGUGGUGCGGAACGACAACGGAAGGAUGGGGAUGGCAAGAGAUGUGAUCUGUCGUCGGUCAACGACAUAUAAAUAUUGACUGAAUCUCAGUGUAGAUGCAUUUGUAACUCCAUGAGGCCUUUGCGAGCUGGAUAAUUAUUAAGGAUUUGUGAUGUAUUAACGGAUAGCGCCUAAGGAAACAUACGAAAAGAUUUUUAUACUAGACUAGUUGAUCUAUUUACGGAGAUUGUUUUUUUAUACUUAGAUAUAUUCUAUUGUCUGAUUUAAUAUAAUUUUAUAUUUAUAUACCUAACUAUGUAAUAUGAUUUAUUAGUGUUGUUUGUUUUUAUUGAUUCAUGAUAUAGUAACAUUGAUUUCGUUUGUCGAGUCGAGUGUCGACUAGCAGUAUACUUGAGAUGUUAACGUGUUUUAUUAUUUUAUCGUUGGUAGUUUAGUUGUGGUAAGUCGCUCGGUGCUGGAGGUCCAAGACCUCUCAAUUACUUUAGGCUAGGGAGGAACGAGUCGAGUUGCGCAUUUAGUAACUAAUAUUGGCAUUCUACAAUUGGGACUAACCUAGCGUUUACGUAUGUAUUUUUCAAUUUAAGAUUUAAGAUUGUUACAUUUUUAGCUAAAACACUUUAGAGUGGUACGGUAACUGAAAUGUGAUAAAAUGGAAUGGUGCUAGAACCAAGAGUGUUAACACGCUACGAUUCGACUCCUAUUGUAAUAUUAAUGUUUUAUGAUUAGUUACUUUGCAUUGUUGUAACUUGUAAGGCAUCUAGCAUCCGUGAGGUCGCAUCCGGCGGGGAUACGUACGCACUUAGAGAUUACAGUAUCACUCGAGAUUUUAUUACUUUGUUCGGACCUCUUCAACUUACUAAUGUAUCUAGAUUGUUAAGCCGCUCGGAAGUCGGGAGUGCGACACGUGCACGGUCCAGCCGACGACCGAACAGUGUCGUGGUCGUCACGCAUUGUCUAAGUUGCACCGAACAGUGUUGUGGUCGUCACGCAUUGUCUAAGUUGCAUCGAACAGUGUCGUGGUCUCCACGCAUUGUCUAAGUUGCACCGAACAGUGUCGUGGUCGUCACGCAUUGUCUAAGCUAUGCCGAACAGUGUCGUGGUCGUCACAUAUUGUUUAAAUUGUGCCGAACAGUGUCGUGGACGACACGCAUUGUCUAAGUUGUGCCGAACAAUGUCGUGGUCGUCACACAUUGUCUAAGUUGUGCCGAACAGUGUCGUGGUCGUCACACAUUGUCUAAGUUGUGGCAUCAGUGCUGUUAUUAGCUGUGAACGUGCAAACCACUUGUGCAAUUUUUUAAAAAUAGUCAUAACUCGUACCUAGAUUAUACAAUUUGUCUAUUGAAUAUAGGGGCCCACUUGAUGUAAGCACUACGCUCCUUCGUUCCUUUUAUCGAUAAAGUUAUAUUUAACUACCAAACGUUUCUUCCACAAAGAUUUAUAUUUAAUUUUAAGAAAGUUAGAGAUUUUUAUAUCUACCGUUUCGAAUAAUGUGGGCACUUAUUAUUUGAUGGCAUUUCAUACUCAGUGCAAUAUUACUAGUUAUUUAAUAACGUAACCAAACUAAAGGAUAUUUUAAAAUAAUUAAUGUUUUCGAAAGAAAGUAACUACCAAUUUGUAUUUACAUAAGUGAAUUCCUAAUUUCUACUUCGUAGCAACGCAGUUUGGGUUACGGCGAUGUACAGGUUUUAUAGCUGGUAAUAUUAAGAUAGCUUGUUUACCUCUGCCGAUCGUCAUAGUUACUGUUUAUUAUUUAUUGUCGCGCGAGUUAAGUGUUGUUGGAAUAGAUCAUAGCUAUCCGCGGCGGGAACGGUCGCUUCAUCUAAGCUUGGACGCAUUUUUGUACAUUACUAUCACUCGAGACCAAUUUUUAAAUAUUGAAUUUGCUAUAGCAAAUCGAUUAGUAACAUAGAAUAUUAUUUUAGAUAUUUUAGGUUAGGAUACUAUGAUAGUGUCUGGCCAAAAUAUUUUGGAGUAUCACAUCGUUUGGCUCAGAAAAUAUCUCCCUUUGAUCUCUUUUCAGCUUUCAGAAAGUCUGCAACUUAAUAUUGUACAGUGACCACACGAACGAACUUAAUGAAAGCUAACUUUAUGCCAUAUGGAAUUUACACAUAAGGUUAACGAAUUACUAAAUUUAGUCUUAUGAAAAUGAGGUCUUGAGGACCUAGUCACUUAUUUGGCCAAUCUAAUUGAGUAUUCCAAUUUAUUGUAUAUUAUUAAAAUUUACCAUGACGUCACGGGACGUGGCGUAUUCGAUUCGGAAUCAAUGGAGUGCAGGAUGAGCUCUAUGGUUAUUCAGGAUAGCAAUGGUCUAGUUAUGUUUUAUUUUGUUUCUUCUUUGUAACAUUAGCCAAUUUGUUAUAGUGUCGUGUAUCACAAUAGUUUUAUACUAAUAGGGUCGGGGGCGUCAAAUCGUGUACCUUAACAGCUGUCUAUCAGUCUUGUUAUAUUUUUACAUGAGAUUUUAUGAACGAUUUGUUGUUUAUGAGUAUUUUAAAUGUCUUGGUUUGAUGCCUCCAUUAAAGUUUAAUUUAAAUAAUUUUGUUUUAUGCAAGCAGUUAAUGCAAUUUUUAUUUCACAUUGUUUGAUGUUAUGUAAUGCAAUUUUAACAUGUUGCAAACUCCUGCAUUUAUCUGUUGUAUUUAUUACUAAUUUUUACAUUAAAUUGUGGUAUGUUACAA